GGCUCGUCUUAGAGAACCCUUGUCAGGACUUCUAUGGAUUUUGAGACGCUAGACCCGGGAGACUCACCUGAAAUAACCCUGCCGCAGGUGGUUCUGCGAAGGCCAAAGUGAGACGGGACAGCUGAUACUAUUAUUUACUGACAUUUUCUAAUAGUGAUCUUUUUCCUGCAUCAUGGAUACUUAAACACCCUUAAAGGGGAUGCCCGGGCGGGGGGCGGGGGGAAGAGAUGUUUGAGAUGUGACUUGUGUGUUUGGGUUAAUGUUUAGGUUAUUUUUUUUUUCAUCGAGCUUUUAUGUUUUAAUUGGACGGAGGUCUGGGUUAGAGUCUGCAGCUUCCUCCCACUUACUAAAAACAUGUUCAAACAGUGUUUCUUAACCAUGGCGCAAGCGCCCCCUAGAGGCCACCAAAAAUGUCCGUGUGUCAGCUGUGGUCCGUGUGGGCCGCAGCGGUACUCAGUUGUAAUACACUUUUCCACCACUUGUGGCAGUAAUGACAAUAUCAAACAAGUUUGGAGCUAAAGUUAUAGAGAAGUUUCUCAGGUGCAAAAAUUAUGACUAAAUUGGUGCACAUGCAUUUUGUUUAUUUAUUUUAUCUCAACAUAAUUGUAUGUAAAUGUAUUUUUAUUCAGUUAUUUAUUAGUCCCUUAUUACACAGUGUUUAUUUUCCCAUCCGCCUGACUUAAGCCUAUGGUUUACGUGUUAAAUUUGCCAUUUGUGAGCGCCAGCUAAUUUUUUUAUCGGAUUCUAAAAAUGCCAUUACUCACAAAAGAAAACGUAAAAAUUGGAAUAAAAGAGCAGUCCCACCUCUCACCCUGAAAAGUCAACUGGGAUAGGCUCCAGCUCAGAUAAUGAGGACAAAGUGGUACAGAAAAUGGAGGCAUGUGGCAGAUUUACAAGCAUAUUUCUUAAUGAUCCAGGCUGAAUUGAUUUAGAAUGUAGCACAUUAAAGGAGAACUGCACUUUUUGGGGGGGAUUUUGCUUAUUGUUCACAAUCAUUAUGAGAGACAAGAACACAAAUGUCUUUUUUUGGGGGGGAUUAAAAAAAUACUUGGAAGAUGCGGCUAAUGGAGCCUUCAAAGCCUCUAAAACAACUUCAAAACCCUCCAAUGUUUUACAUACACACUGCAAGUAUAUAUAUAAUGUAGUAACAGACACCUUCAUAACAAUAUGUAAUAUGUACAAUAUACACACUGCAAGUACAUAUAUAAUGUAGUAACAAACACCUUCAUAACAAUAUGUAAUAUGUACAAUAUACACACUGCAAGUAUAUAUAUAAUGUAGUAACAGAUCCCUUCAUAACAAUAUGUAAUAUGUACAAUAUACACACUGCAAGUACAUAUAUAAUGUAGUAACAAACACCUUCAUAACAAUAUGUAAUAUGUACAAUACACACACUGCAAGUAUAUAUAUAAUGUAGUAACAGACACCUUCAUAACAAUAUGUAAUAUGUACAAUAUACACACUGCAAGUAUAUAUAUAAUGUAGUAACAGACACCUUCAUAACAAUAUGUAAUAUGUACAAUAUACACACUGCAAGUAUAUAUAUAAUGUAGUAACAGACACCUUCAUAACAAUAUGUAAUAUGUACAAUAUACACACUGCAAGUAUAUAUAUAAUGUAGUAACAGACACCUUCAUAACAAUAUGUAAUAUGUACAAUACACACACUGCAAGUAUAUAUAUAAUGUAGUAACAGACACCUUCAUAACAAUAUGUAAUAUGUACAAUAUACACACUGCAAGUAUAUAUACACUGCAAAAACUGAAUUCUAAGUAAGAUGAAAUAUGUCAAAUAAGGGUGAUAUUUGCUUAUUUUCUGUCUGAUAAGAUAAUUCUUCUCACUAAGCAGAUUUUAUGUAGAGUGUUUUACUUGUUUCAAGGGUUUUGGUCCUAAAUGACCUCAGUAAGAUAUUACAGCUUGUUGCUGAGAUGUUAUGACCUAUAUUGAGUAAAACAUGCUUGAAACUACAAUAUCAACUGAUGCAAAGCUGUGUCAUCAACAUUCACAAGUAUAAAACUACUUUUUCAAAGUAAUCAUUUCUUACUUCAAGCAUGAAAAAAAAAAUCAUGAUGAAAAAAUCAUUAUGUCAAGAUAAUGGCACUAGCAUUUACUUAAUUUAAGAAUAUUUUUCAACAUAUUGAGCAAAAAGGUCUCUUUUUUUUUCUAGCAAGAAAAGUGCACUUGUUAUUAGUGACAAUAUACUUAUUUUAAGGUAUUUUGGGGUUCGUUGAGGUUAGCUAAUUUGACUUGUUUUGGAAAGUCUUGACCAGCCGAAUUUUCUUGUUCUAUUGGCAGAUAAUUUUGCUUAGUUCAAGUAAAAUACCCCUAAUUUUUGUAAUUUUUUUUCUUGUUUUUUGAACACUGACUUUUUGCGGUGUUUAUAAUGUAGUAACAAACACCUUCAUAACAAUAUAUAUAAUAUGUACAAAAUACACACUGCAAAUAUAUAUAUAAUGUAGUAACAGACACCUUCAUUACAAUAUGUAAUAUGUACAAUAUUUACCCUAAUUUGGUCAUUUUAGUCAUUGCCGGAACUAAUUCCUCGGCGCGUUGAUUUCUGUUUCCAUAGCAGCACACUUCUGACUUCUGGCAACAAAUUUGUGUUCCUACUUCCAAAAACAAACGCCUGUUUUCUCUAAUCAUGGCAGACAUUGUAAAAGACGACUGUUUUUUUGGACAAAUGAGGAUUCACAGCCUUCUCUUUUUGAAGCUGAAGAUACUGAGGAUGAGCUAGUGCUUCUGAAAGUGAGCAAGAAGGAAGAGUGUGACGUCGGAGCGGACGAAAGCCGAGAGAGUUGAGGUGAACGUGACUCGAACCUGCAAAAUGUGGAAUUUGAAGCCAUGCCACUUCGACAUAAAUGGAUUGCUUACCCAAAUAAACCGGGAAAAAACCUCUCUGGCCAGCUGGACCAAACGGAUAACUGUCCCAUCGAGUGAGUCACAAUUAAUUAUUGAUCAUGAUACACGCAGCAACAACUACAGUACAUAGUUAGCCAUGGCUGGCUGUGUACAAACAAAGCAUUACGGAUACUGUAGUAUGAUUGUUCAAGUUUUCCACUCAGUACAGAUUGGUAUUGUGCGCGUCAAACUCAAACGCGUUUUGUGUUGACGCCGUUGCUCGCUUAUCUCUUUCCGUAGUUAGCUUUUACGGCUAAUACCGUCGCAUGUCGAUGUGUUCGUACGCUAGAAAAAGAGUGUUUUUUCUUACAAUAACAAUGUUGCUACAGUUUGGUUAUUAUACAAGUUACAGAACGUAAAUGCAUUUUUAAAGUGAUUUAGAGGUAGAAUUAUUUGCAUUGCUAGUCACCAAGAACAAGACAUUUUUUACAUGUUAGAAUGCAAAAAAAACCAACUUUUGUCUUCUUGUCUCUCAUAAUGAUUUUGAACGAUAGGCAAAAUUCCAAAAAAAAGGUGCAGUUCCCAUUUUAAAUGCUAUGUCAUCCGUUUUGAUUCUUUUUAGUUUCACUUUGACUGUUUUUUUUUUAUCUGUUUUGUGGGUGAGAGCAUGAAAGAUCUCAAACAUCCCCCCCCCUCCCCCGGUGGGCAUCUCCUCCCCCCCUAAACAAAUGGAGACUCUAGUUCAGCUGAAAAACAACCCGUUCCUGCUUGGUCUGUGUCGUAACGGCCCCCCGCCGGACCUGCAGUACGACAACUCUUCGGAGCUUUUCCGCAUCUCCACCUUCGCCCGUUUCCCGGCGAGCGCCGUCACGGAGCGCAGCCUGGCCCGAGCCGGGUGGUUCUACACGGGCGUGGGCGACCGCGUGCAGUGUUUCCGCUGCAACGUGACGGCCGAGGGCUGGCUGGCCGGCGACUGUCCCAUCGAGAAACACCGCCAGCUGUCGCCUUCCUGCUCCUUCGUCCAGAGCCUCCCGUCCACCGCCAACCUGCUGUCCUCCUCGCACUCCGCCUUCUCCCCGCUACGCGUCGCGCCCGCCGUCCCGAUUCCUGGUGCAGGCUCGGCUGCUCCCAACCCCGGAGUCGCAGGUCAAGGGGAGGAGCCAGCGGCCUAUCUGAACAUGAGCUUCUCAGCCCCGCCCCCGUCCAGUCCGCUGAGCUCGCGUGGCGUGGAGGACAUGUCCCACCAAAGGCCCGCCUGCCACAACCCCGCCAUGCGGCGCGAGCAGGACCGCCUGGACUCCUUCCGCGGGUGGUCGCUCACCAUCAUCACCCCCGCCGAGCUCACCAAGGCCGGCUUCUACUACCUGGGCCCGGGCGACCGCGUGUGCUGCUUCAGCUGCGGCGGACAGCUGAGCAACUGGGAGCCGGGUGACCGUGCCGCGUCCGAGCACCAGAGGCACUACCCCAACUGCCGCUUCGUGCGAGGCGACCGCGCCGACAACGUGUCUCUGGCGGGGGCCCCUGCCUCCCAACUGGCCCUCAACAACGUGUCCAACCCCGCCAUGCAGCAGAACGAGGAGAGGCUGCUCACCUUCGUCAACUGGCCCGCUCGCAUCCCCGUCAGACCGGAGCAGCUGGCCAAGGCUGGCUUCUACUACGUCGGUCGCAAUGAUGACGUCAAGUGCUUCUGCUGCGAUGGAGGACUGAGAUGCUGGGAGUCUGGAGAUGAUCCCUGGGUGGAACACGCCAAAUGGUUCCCCAGGUGUGAGUAUUUGCUGCAGGAAAAAGGUCAGGAGUUUGUCCAGCAGAUUCAGGCUCGUUUCCCUCGACUGUUUGAGCAGCUGCUGACAAACGGAGACAGCAGCUCCAGAGAGUUUGUGGACCCGCCAGUGGUGCACCUGGGUCCGGGUGACGAGCGCUGCGAGGACGCCGUCAUGAUGAACACGCCCGUCAUCAAGUCUGCCCUGGAGAUGGGCUUCGAGCGCGGUCUGGUCAAGCAGACGGUCCAGGGCAAGAUCCUGACCAGCGGGGAGAACUACCGCACAGUCCAGGAGCUGGUCUGUGACCUGCUGAGUGCCGAGGACCAGAAGAGGGAGGAGGAGCGGGAGAUGCUGGCUGAGGCCAUGGCGUCAGAUGGCUUCACCUUCGUCAAGAGACACCAGGCAGCUCUCAUCCAACGUCUGAAAAGUGUGGAGCCCGUUAUGGAACAUCUACGAGAACAAACUGUGCUAAGUAUGUCUCACUCUUCUAUAUAA